GCACUCUGACACUGACGUCACUUGGAUAAUUAAAGGUUACGUGCUGAUUUUUCGACGUCAGCCACUUGAGACGCCAUGGCCACAGAAAGCUGCUUGUGCGACGACUCCAAGGUGACCAGAAGCAUUGGGCAAAAGAUUUUCGUCAACAGAAGCCUGACGCUGGAAAACAUCAAAUGUUAUGGCUUCGACAUGGACUACACGCUCGCAAAAUUCCCAAAUGCAUCCCUACAAACCACGUGACAUUGUACAAGUCUCCAGACUACGAGAGCCUCGGCUUUGAGCUGCUAAGAGACAGAUUGGUGUCUGUUGGCUACCCUCACGAGAUUCUGCGAUACACGUACGACCCGAGCUUCCCUACAAGGGGCUUAGUGAUCGACACCACCUACGGCAACCUCCUGAAGGUGGACUCAAACGGGAACAUUCUAGUGUGCAGUCACGGCUUUUGGUUCCUCAAAGGCAACGAGAUUCAUCGCUAUUACCCCAACAACUUUAUCCAAAGAGAUGACACAGACCGUUUCUACAUUCUCAACACGCUCUUCAACCUGUCAGAGACGUAUCUCUACUCUUGCCUGGUGGACUUCUUCACCAAGUGUACCAGAUACAAAUGCGUGCUAAAGGGUUACCACUAUGGUGACCUGUUCAUGUCGUACAGAACCAUGUUUCAGGAUGUUCGAGAUGCGAUGGACUUCAUUCAUGACACGGGCAUCCUAAAAAACCAGACCAUCAAGAAUAUUGACAAAUACAUCGUCCAAGAUCCGAAUAUUAUCGUUCUCUUGACCCGUAUUAAAAAUGUGGCCAAAAUUUUUCUUGCCACCAACAGUGACUACAAAUACACGGAGGCCGUGAUGACAUACCUUCUUGAAAACGGUAACAAGUCUGGCGAGUCGUGGCGCUCUUAUUUUGACCUCGUCGUAGUGGAUACGAAAAAGCCGCUCUUCUUCGCUGGGGGCACGGUGCUCAGACAAGUCGACACGAACACAGGUAAACUUUGCAUCGGGACGUACACCGGUGCGCUCCAGCAUGGAACCGUGUACUCUGGAGGCUCAUCAGACAUCGUGUCUGACCUGCUGGAUGUUAAAGGUAAAGAUAUCCUCUACGUUGGGGAUCACAUCUUUGGCGACAUCCUUAAGUCGAAGAAACGCCAAGGCUGGAAGACCUUCCUGGUGGUACCAGAACUCACCAAAGAGCUUUAUGUUUGGGAGAAGAAGAUAAAUUGGUUUGAGGAGCUGAAACGUCUGGACAUUUUCCUAGCUGAGAUUUACAAGCACCUGGACAGUAGCAGAAAGAAUGCUCCUGACAUCAACAGCAUUCAGUACAGAAUGACGAUUCUGACCUCCUGGAUGGACAUGUCUUACGGCCAGAUGGGCAGCCUACUUCGCAGCGGCUCCAGACAGACUCUGUUUGCCAGCCAGCUCAUGCGCUACGCUGACCUGUACUCGGCCACCUGCAUCAGCCUGCUCCACUACCCCCUCAAUUACCUCUUCAUGGCUCCUCCCGUACUGAUGCCCCACGAGGCCCCGACACUCAACUCUGAGGACUUCCCUUCGACGCCGCUCGCCAACUGUCAGUGUGAGCAGACGCUAAGCGAAAAAAUAUGAGAAUGAGAGUUCCUCCAGAGACUUACUCGCAUGUUGGAAUGCUUUGUGGCAGACAUGAGGAGACAACUGGUUGCCUAAUAUAUGGCUCCGCCUGCUGGAUGGGAGUUGCUUUUUUUGAUCCACUAUUGAGUGAACCCCUGAAGGUGCAUCAAAUAAAUUGGAGUAUGGUAGCAAAGAUUUAUUUCAGUUAUUUGUGUUCCCUUUUGCGCUCAUAAAAAAGUAUGGUAAAACAAAGAAUACAAUGAUAAUGCCAAAAAAAUGUAAGGUAAAAUUUAAACAUUAAAAAUAUCCUAAAUGUUUACAGAUCUAGCUCAUAUUGUCUCAAUUUCACCUGCAAUCUAACUUGAAUUAACAAUAAAAUAAACAACUUCUGAUUCAUGUUUAUGUUGAACAACAUGUUGACCCUGACUAUCAGUUUUGUCUAAAUGGUAGGAUAUACAGUGGGUAUAAAAUUUCUACACAACUCCUAUUCAAAUGCCUUUUUUGUCAUAAGAAAUGAGUCCACAAGAAAUAAAUUCAAACUUUUUUCCAUUCUGAAUGUAAAACUCAUUUGCAUUGAAAAAAAAAUUGCACUGGAAGGAGAAAUAAAAAUAAGAGAGAAAAUGUAGUUGCACAAGUUUGCACACCCGCUUAUAACCUGAAAUGUUCGGAAUUAAAUGGCCACAUUUUUGAGCUUGUGGGAGUCAGCACACACCUGCCGCCAUUUUAAGUGUCUUUGAUUAACCACACAUAAAGAUCAGUUAUUGUUAUAAGCUUUUCACGACAUUGCUCCAAUUGAUUUUCCUUACCAAGCAUGUUUUCAGAAUGUAAGAAGAAAACCAGAAAACAAGAACAGGGAGAACAUAAAAAAAGUCACACUGGCAGGUUGGAGCAAAUAUUCCAACCUCUGACCGUAGAACUACGGGACUCAUUACUGGGCCCUAUAGUGCUGUAGAAAAGUCUAGUACAAACUCACACAAGGGCUUUGAGCGCUCCAAAUAAAUAUGCAAACACAAAAACUGCGAAUGACACUUGUACUUAAAGCCCCUCCUCUUCAAAAGAGUUCUGAUCUCCGUUGGUUGGCCACUAGAUGGCAGUAAAUCACCAUUGCAGCAAACCUGCCCAUCAAUCGCUCGCUUCCACGCCCUAACAAUAUAUUGUAUUGUAUGGAACUACAAUUUAUUGAAAUGCAAAUAUACAUACCGACAAUAUCACAGUAUUCUUAUGAACCAUUUACAGCUGGAUCCAGACGUGAGUUUGUUUUUUUACAUUCCACACAAACAAUAAAUACACGAGUGUACUUUUUUUUUAAUUACAGGGUAGUAUGAAAUUGGUUGUUGUAGUCAAUCACAAACCUUUACAAAUGCAGUCGUAAAGUCAUGAUUACAGAAAAUAUUCCUUUGAAGAACGCUUAGCCAUAAAUUGAAAACAAUCUAAUAAAAAUUCAGUACGGUAGUAACUGAAGGCUUACGCCGCUGGCUGAUUAAGUCAUUGCGCGACAUAUGUGGAAAAAAUUAGAAGACGCAAAAGUGACGAAGUUUGUUAUAUUUGAACAUAAAGAUCAAUUGUUAUUGUCUCACUAAAGCAACACAGGCUGCUUUCAAACUGCUGCCAACUGUCAAUUCAAAUGAAGAAGAUGAAAUUUCUGUCUACUUUACUGUGUACUCAGAAUGCUAAUGCUAACACAAUCCUAACAAGAAUGACAACUACCACUAACAUGAGCAAAGGUGUCCAUGCGAGAAGCAACAUAUUUUGCACAAAUGAGAUAGUUUUGUCUUUGGUGCAUCUUUUCAUGCCUCCAUUUUUUAAAAAGGAAACUUUACACAGCCUUUUAAAAUCUAGAACUAGAUUAGUAUCUUUUUUUGUUGUUGUUGCAAUUAUUACUCAGUCAUGUAUUUCAGGACAGCUUCUAACCGAGAUAACCAAUAGAUGAUUUCCAUAGAACAUACAGUAAAGGAAAAAAGAGAUCAAUGAAUCCGAAUGGGGAUUUAUUUUCCCCCUAUGUUACUUCUUUUGUCUGCCAAUAAUUAUUCAGUGUUUACAAAUAAAAAUGUGUUCAUCUAUCUAUGACAGUGACACAGUAGCAGACAGAACAAUGAAAUGUUCUUCCGCCGCAUGGUGAAAGGAACAAUAAACUUGCGGAUCCACUUGUUGCCAUUUGUGCAACAAAAUAAAUCAUAGCUUGAUGUGCUUGUAUUAACUUUGUGUUCAAUUAAACGGAUCCAGAUUUCAAAACGGAGUAUGGCAUCCUUUUUUUUGGGG